GGUGUUCGAGCGACAAUGCAGAAUAAGUCAUCAAAGAGCAAAUGUACAUCUGCCUCUCACCAGUUGAUGGUGGACAAUGCCAAGAACAGGCUAAAUUUUCUCCAAGAACAGUUCACUGGUCUUCAAGCCGCUAGGAAGGAAGGUCGAGCCGGUGAUCUUGCGGUGUUAGAGGAGCAAGUUUAUCAGAACCUUCGUGAGUGGAAAGCUGAGCUCUGCACACCGUCCCCGGCCUCGUCUUUCUUGGGUAGUCUUGGAUCAUUUUCUGAUGAUAUAAACCGAUUGUUGCAAAUUUACGAAGUGGAAGAUGAUGCCACUAGUGCAUUAAAGGGACCACCGGUGCUGAAGCCUGAGGUUGAUGAUCAAAGCCUAAAUCCGUGUAAUUUACCUCUAGUUCCAGAGGACUAUUUUGUGAAUCAUGAGCCACAAGAACAAUCAAUUCAAGGAUUUGAUUUAUGUAAAGUUUCUACCUCAGCUAAUGCUGACAUGAAUUAUCAAUUGGAUUAUCAUACAUUUGAUUUACAACAAGAAUUUGACCAUGGGCUUCCCAUUGGUGCCAAUGCAACUGAAGAUUAUGUGAAGGAUGCUAGCCCUAACAUACCAUCGAAUAUUGCUUGUCCGCCAUCUGCUUUCAUGGGGCCGAAGUGUGCUCUCUGGGAUUGUACAAGGCCUGCCCAAGGAUCUGACUGGUAUCAUGACUAUUGUAGCAGUUUCCAUGCUACUCUAGCUGUGAAUGAAGACCCCCCUGGCACAACUCCAAUUCUACGUCCUGGUGGAAUUAGCUUAAAGGAUAAUUUACUACUUGAUGCAGUUCGAGCAAAGGCACAGGGUAAGAAUGUUGGCAUCCCUCAAUGUGAAGGUGCUGCUACCAUGAAAUCACCUUGGAAUGCUACAGAGCUUUUUGAUCUUUCUUUACUUGAGGGUGAAAUAAUCAGGGAGUGGCUCUUCUUUGAUAAGCCUAGGAGGGCAUUUGAGAGUGGAAACAGAAAGCAGAGGUCGUUACCAGAUUACUCUGGGCGUGGUUGGCAUGAAUCAAGGAAGCAGGUGAUGAAGGAAUUUGAGGGCCAGAAGAGGUCAUACUACAUGGACCCUCAACCUGUUGGGAAAUAUGAAUGGCACUUGUUUGAAUAUGAGAUCUAUGGCUGUGAUGCUUUUGCUUUAUAUAGACUGGAGCUCAAGCUUUUCAAUCAAAAGAAAAGUCCGAAAGUGAAAGUUCCUAAGGAUUCGCUUGCCGAUCUGCAGAAGAAAAUGGGAAGGCUUACUGCUGAAGUUCCUGGAGAUGGCAAAUCUGCUGGUAAGGGCAAGACGAAGGUCAACAAUAAAGCUGCCGAAGAAAAUGCUGAUUCUGCUCAAGACGGGCAAGCUUGACUGACUUAUGGUUCU